CACAUUCUGAUAAAUUCUCAUGCGAUCAACACUGCUGAAAGGAAACGUCUGUAGUGUGUUUGGCUUUGUUAGAGGAAGGGGCGCAGAACUUAAGAGACUGUAAAAUCCACAAGCUGGUCUGAAAUAAUUCAGCUUUUUAUUAUUAAUUAAUUUGGCUUGCUCUGAGUGCUUAGGAGGAACUAGUCUAUCCUUUUGAUUUAGAGAUGACCCUUGUUUGAACUUGGCUGGACACUCAUAGUAAUCCUCAAGCUUUACCACUUUUUUGAGACCAUUCUUUGGCCAUCAUGUAUAGCAGUGGCUACUCCCAGGUCUCCAGGGGCAGCCCGGCGAGCCAGAAGAAGUUGCAGUACCGUUCAAAGGGCAAGGGCAAGAGCUGCGGCUACUACAUGCGCAUUGUCUUCUUCUUCUCUUCGCUCAUUCAGUCUCUUAUCAUAGUCAGCCUCGUGCUCUUUCUGGUCUAUGGUAAGACGCAGGACUCGCCAUCCACGUCUCGCAUCCAAGACCUGGAGGAGAGCUUUAGCCGACUCUCCAUAGAGAACGUCGUCCUGAAGAGGCAGAGGAAGAACUUGACCAGUUUGCUCAACACCACCCUGAAUGAGAAGGGUCGCAAUGACUGGGACCUGGCUGAAAACCGCAACUUGGCCAACAUCUCAUCGAUUCUUAUCCAAGAAAUGGAGAAGAAGCAGCAACAUUGCCUUGCCGAGUUGUUUGUUUGCAAGAGCAGGAUCCCAACAACUAUGAAUCUUCUAGGUAACUGUAACUGUGGUCCGAGUGAACAGCUACAUGCCAGGAUGCAACUUGUGGAGUCCAACUUCACACAAACAAUCCAGAGAAUGAGAAGGGAAAUGGACCAGACUGUCAAAGAGAGGGACAACAUUAACUUGGAGGCCAUCCAUCUGCGGAGGGAAAAAUCCUCUCAUGAAAAGGAAGUUAAUUUCUUUAGACAAAAAUGCAAAGAUGACUUUUCCCAGUCCUUGAGCGGUAUCUCCAAUGUCUCCAAGUCUUUCCUGGAGAAGAUUGACUCCCUUUUCCCUUCACACAUCGCCUUCCAGCUCACCUGUCCGAACCAGAGGGAACACCUGGAGCAGAUCCGCAGCAAUUGCACCAGCCUGUCCAUGGAAGUGGAGGACAGGUUCCAGCGUUACCUGAAUAAUGUGGGAGAAAAGGUGUCAAACAUCCAGGCUGAGAGUAGCCGCUUGAAAGCAGAGAACACGCUACUGUCUGACGACUACCGCAGGUGCAGCACAAACCGCACAGGUCUGAUCCGCGAGCACAAGCAGAACUUAGACAAGCUGCAGCAGAAACACGAUGAGGAGAAGGAGAAACUCCUGAUGGAAAAAUUGAAGCUUCAUGGAGAUAUAGAAGUCUUGAACAACCAUGUGAAGUAUACGAGUAAAGUGAUUGAUCACCUGACAGAGCAAAAUAGGCACCUCAAUGUGUCAUGCGUGUCUAAGACAGGAUUAAGUGGACUUCCCAGUGACUCAUUCUAUGUGACAGGGGCAGGUGUAUCGGCUUCAAAGAUUGCAUCAAAUGGGCUGAAUAAGCAAGGAUCGACUGGGACAGGCUCUUCAGGUUCAUCAUCAGGGUCAAGUAGCUCCAUUGGGUCAGCAUUCAAUAAGCCGGCAUCAACUGGUACCGGCUCUUCACGUUCAUCAUCAGGGUCAAGUAGCUCCAUUGGGUCAGCAUUCAAUAAGCCGGCAUCAACUGGUACCGGCUCUUCACGUUCAUCAUCAGGGUCAAGUAGCUCCAUUGGGUCAAUAUUCAAUAAGCCGGCAUCAACUGGUACCGGCUCUUCUAGUUCAUCAUCAGGGUCAAGUAGCUCCAUUGGGUCAAUAUUCAAUAAGCCGGCAUCAACUGGUACCGGCUCUUCAAGUUCAUCAUCAGGGUCAAGUAGCUCCAUUGGGUCAAUAUUCAAUAAGCCGCCAUCAACUGGUACCGGCUCUUCUAGUUCGUCCUCUGGGUCGACUGGAUCCACGAGCAAAAAUUCUGGAUUUAGUUGGUUUGGGCAAAGUAAGACAGGAAGUGCAACAGGGAAAGGACCAUCAACUGGGAAUAGUAAUACUGGACUUGGAUCGUCCUCUGGUGCAGGAAGAACGAGUGGACUGGGAGGUGGCUCAAUAAGUGUUGCUCAGCACCUGAGGGAUCUGCAGCGCAUCAUCAACCCCUCUGAACCAGAGGAAAAACAAGCUCUCUCCAGAAUAAUGGGUUAGUCCAUCUUAAUGGGGAAAACAAAAAAAAGAGAUAUAUCUCCCAAUGCAUCUAUUAUUCUAUUAUACACAGCUAAAUGCAAGCUUCUCAUAUUGAGUGCAUAUUUUAUAUCAAUAAAUGUACCAUAUAUUAUACAGUGUUUGUGACAAUUUUUACUUCAAUAUGUAUUUUGAAAAGUAUUUGAAUAACUCUUGCACUUUUGUAUGUAAAAUGUGAAGUGUGUGUGUGUGUAUACUGUACCUCACAGAGAAAAAGCACAUGUUAUAUUUCUAAAAUGUAAAUACAUAAAAUAAAGUAUUUGUUUAAAGGUAAGCAAAUCAAAUGUG